CCGAACCAAAACAAAACAAACCCACGUGUGUUUUCACUGAAAAAUCAGCAGUGUGAAAAAAUGUCUAAAAUCCCGAAAAAGAGGAAACCCCGACGGGAAAAUGACGCGGAAGUAGAUGGUGUGCCCUCUAAGGUGCCAAAAAUUACUGAAAACCCAAGACGUAGUGAAACAGGAAAGAGGAAAUUCAGUGUGAAAGACUUCCGGAAGAAGCUGCAAGGAGAUAAUUUUAUAUCAGAUUUCCGUCAUUUUGUGGAGGAAGCAAAGGAAAAUCCGGGAAUCAUUGAGAAAUACUUGGAAGCCGGUGGGCAACCCUUGGAAAUUGUAACGUGUCUGGGGAAGAUUGAUAAGGCAGCUCUUGAUCAGAUUACGCACAUUUUGAGUGCUCUCCAGCUCACGUUGAUUGAGAUUCUCUCACGAGGUGAUCAGUACAGCACAGUUGCCAUUGCGGGAUGUAGAUUCCUCCUGAACAAGCAUCGCAAUUGCAUAGAAUCAUUGCUUGAGUCGCAUGCAACUAAUCACCGGAAAAUAGCCCUAAAAGUCCUCACGGCUUGCGUGACUCUCGACUCCCGGAUGGGGUUUGAUGUGCUCAAGCUCUUCCGGGUGCAUCUCCAUGGUACGGGGUUGAUGGAGCGCUUUGCAAAGCACAGGAAGGAAGAGAUUGGAGAUCCUGGAAGUAGCCUCCGGACGGCUUUUAUUCAUUUUGUCCUGGCCUACCUUGUUGCGGGGAAUAGUGUGCUAAUUCAGAACAUCCUGGACAAGAUGGAGCUCAUUGUGGCCGUGCUGACGGAUCUUCACUACGAUACACCGGAAACAAUCGUCCUGGUUCUCGGGACCCUGCGGAAUUACGUCCUCAAGAAGGUUAGUGUGUCUAAAACCCAAAAAUUCCACCUUUUUUCCGCGGAGAUUGUCGGCAAUCUUAUGCAAUUGUACACGUGGAAGGGUCCCAAAGCCUUCCUGGCCAUGACUGCGGGAGAUCAUGUUGAUUCCAUUGUGCCAGAAGCUGAAGAAGUGGAAGUAGUUUCAGCGGCUAUUCAUGAAUUUCUCAAGCUUCUCCUCACAUCCAAUAAAUUCGGCAUUGCCGUUCAGGUGUUGGGGCAUCACAAGAAGAAGAAGAACCUCGUCCACGGGGCUGUUCUCAAGAAUAUUCAAACCCCAUGGGACAAUCCCCUGUAUGAAUCUCUCGUGAUUCACACCCUAAAAGCUUGUCCGGAACAAGUGGAGUUCUUCCUGCGUGCUCGAUCGCGUUUCUUUAACGUCCGGCAGGGAGAUAAGCAGAUUCUCGGGAAAAGUUUAAACUUCCUCGAGAAGCUGAUAGACUUCCUCAGCCCGAAAAUAAUCCAGAGAUUUGCCAAGGAAAUUGGAAUGACUCAAAUGUGUACGUUAAUCAAGAACAUCACCCUCUAUCCGGAAGUUCUCGAGGGGAUUCGUGAUAAAACCCUGAGAAAUGUUUCUUUUGAAAUUCGCGUUUUGGUCACAAAACUCCUCACCACGAUGUUGUCACAGUGCAGCAACUACCUGAUUAGCUUGGAGGAAUGGGAGGUGUAUCAGGAGUUCGAGAUGAAGAUCAUUAAAACGGAUUUGUUUGAGCAUGUCCUGAGAAACUUCCCAACAUUGGACGCAAUUACGCAUAGUUUGUACAAAACAAUCGAUGAGCAAAAGGAUUUGGGGAGUGAGGAUGUCCUGAAGCAUCUCGAGGCCACUGUGGACCUCCUCUCAAUUGCCGCGGAGACAAUUCCCAGCUUCAUUGAUAAGACAACCUCCCUCAUUAACUACAUGCAGCUAAUGGGGCCUCUGCAUGCUCAGCAAGGGGCGGAGGAGCGCAAAGCAGAACAUGCUAAGAUUGAGCUGAAGAUAAUCAAACUAAUCCUUGCUCUGGAUCCACAAGUUGUUUCUCCGGGAACUCCCCUCUUCACGAGCAUCAUGACCUCCUUCCUGAAUCUCCAUACCUUCGGUGGAGUUGAUGGGAUUGAGGAAGUGCAAAUCCUCCUGCGGAAUAUUCUCUUCAGCACAAGAUUAUUCGAUAGUGGUCCCCUGGAGAUUGAUAUCUGGCUAGAAGCCUUCAAAACCAUCGAUCCCAAAGACAUUAACAUUGUCCAGGAGUUUUUCAUUAAGCUAAUCAGCCGUGUGAAGACUAAACCGGAAGAUUUUGAAGGAAUCAUCCUCAAUAGAGCAUCCGGAAGCACCGAAACAGGAGAUUUAGGGAAGAUUCUGCAGAAGAUUGAGAAAGAUGAAGCCACAGUGGGUAUUAUUGAUGUACCCGGAUUGAAUUCCCUGCUUCCCAUUGCUGUUCACCUGGCAGGAAAGAAGAAAGCUUCGAGGCAUGUUGUUAAGUACUUGGAAUCUGUUGUAUUUGAUCUAUUCCACUACCUCCCAAAUCCGGAAAUUUUGCCAGGAGUUGUGGAAAAGCUUGCAGUGGGAGUUUCUGACUACAUGCUGGCAUUUGGAAGACAGUCCCACGUACUUCCUUGUGAAUUUACCUUUCCGGAAGCCAACAAACUCGUCAAGAUUAUCGUGGAAACGAGAGAAUUUGAUGAAUCCUUCUUGGAAGACGUCCAGAGCGACGGGAAGGCUUUCAAUUUGAUUUAUUUGAUAAUAUUCCAUCACAUCCACCUGCAGAAGAUUUCUAAACUUGAUAAGGAGACCUCAUCCCUCUGCUCAAAGUACAUUUGGAAGCUCCUCGAUGGGAUCUAUCAGCGUCACAUUGGUCAAACGCAGAAGAAGAGAACUAUUGUUCUCGACGAGGUGGUUAAAGUGAAAAUUUCCCGUGAUAACCCACUAAAUGAAAUCCUAAAAUACAUCUUCUGCACCCACAUUCAUCUCCUGACCAACUUUGAGGAGGAACUUGAGAAGAAUUCCCGCCCAACUAUUGAUUUCCUCACAGAAAUCCUUCUGAAAGUUAAAGAAUGGAACCUGGGAGGGAUUUUCGAGGAACUCACUGUGAACUAUCGACGAAAACUCGUUCAGCACUUCCAGAAACAUCUUCCGGACGAUGAGGAAUUUGUGAAUUUGCUUCAAACUCUUUCUCUCGAUCAAGAAAACUCCCAGGAGCUGUUGGAAAGUAUUAUCCAGCGUCCUCAGAAGGAUAUCCACAGAGUCCUCGUGCUGGCUCUUGAAAGAAUAACUUCCCAUCCACUUCCGGGGAACGUUGUAAGGGGAAUUUGUGAAAUAGCAAUGAAUGCCUUAGCUGAAGGUAUUCCGGAAGCUUCAAUUAAUGCUCUAAGUGAUUCCCUAACGGAGUAUUUGAUGCAAUUUCAUUCAUCUAUUGGGGAUGUUCCGGAAGAUUUUUUCCACAAAAUUUGCACUGGAGAAAGGCACACAAAAUCCCUGACAAGACUUGCAGGGCUCCUUCUGGAGCGCAAUUCGGGACUUUUUGAAACCUUCCAGAGAGAUUUGGAAGAUAAUUUUGCGAAGAAGGAGUUAAUGUAUCCCCUCCUGAACGUUGUACUGGACAAAAAGGAGAUCACUUUGGACCGGAAGCUUCUCCAGAGGAUCUUUGGGGAGUACAAGAAUGGUAUAAUGAAGAGUAUUGAGAAGCCACUGAAGACUGGAAUGAUCUACCGGGAGAAUGUUCGGAGUUCCAUUCGUCUUGUUGAGGAAUGCAUGAGUGGGAAGGAUUGCACGGAGUUCACGAAGAAAACUCUCAAACCUGAUUCAGUGGAGACAUUUCAGUGCCUCCUUAUUGAGGCCAUUUACCGGAAAGCCCUCGAGAUCGCCCCCAGUGAUGGGAUUAAUGUGAAUUUCUACAAAAACUUCCUCAAUCUCUUUACAAUUCUCCUCAAGAAGGGAUCACCGCAGGUUGAGAAGCUCCAGGAGAUUGCAAAGAUCAUUACAAAUUGGCCAGGAACUUGUCAGGACUUUUCAUCUCUCACUGAAUCUUCAAUUUGGACGAAUUUCAGUAGGAGUUCCCUGAAAAUUGGACUUCAGGCAGAAAUUGGAGAAGAAUCCGGGAGUUUACUUUUAAACCUCUUGGGGAAUCUUGUGGAUAGAAUUUAUCCGGAUGAUGGUGGAGAUGAUUUCGUAAAGGAGCUCUACGAAAUGACUUUCUCCCAUUCAAACUUCAUGGAAGUAUUCCUUCAAAGGAAGAAGAGUCAAUUAAAAACUGCCACAGCAUUCCUUCUUCUGAUGCUGGCUAAGAAGAAUCCUUCAGGAUUUGAUAAACAACAUAUUCCUGUGCUCUUGGGUGCUUAUGGAGCUUUGCUCUCAAAAUGCGAUCGGUUCAUCUUGGCUCUGUUGUGUCUGUAUGAGAAGAAUGGAGUGGAUUUUACAGACUACACCCCUCUACUGUGGGGAGAAUCAGCAAUAGCCCACUUUUCCUUGGAAGCUACGGAGGAGGCUCAAAUUAAAGGAAUUCUCGAGGAACCCAGCAUGGAUAUGGUGAUGUCGAUCAUUUCUCUGGACACAAUGAAGUACACCCUGAGCAAUUAUCCCGUGUGGCGAGGACUCAAUCCCACGGCAGAUCUCCCAGGAACCACCAAUCAUCCCACAAAGACAGAAAUUGAAAUGACCAUUGAGGGGAUUUCGCCGAAAGAUCCCAAAUUCUCAUGCCUCCUAACGAAGAAGCAGGAAACGUGGGAUGAUGUUUACGACCCAGCUUUCUUUAUUCCCCUCCUGAGUGCAAUGUUUGCCCCAGAAGUGUUCACAUCGGCAAUUGCAGUGGCUCAGAAUGGCUUACUGGGCUUGGCAUUUGAGGCACUCUCGAGCAACGAUGAGGAGAUGCGCCGGGCAGCUGGAUUGGCAUUGGUGCGCUACAAACGCCACAUGGAGGGAAGAAAGGAGUUCCUCGAUCGCAAUGUGUGGUUCCACUUUUACGGUGGUGUCCAAAAUGGACUUGGAGCCCUGGGGAAGGUGAUGGACACCGUGUGCCCGAGGCUUCCGCACGUGAGCGCCAAUUUCCUCGCAAAAGCCUCCAUUGUACUAACCACACCACUGGCGCAGCUGUACAAGCCCAUUGCGGACUACAUUCUGAGCAAGGAGACGUACAAUUUGGCCGUGGUGCCCAAUUUCAAUUUCAUGUUCCUCUCGGCGGAUGUUGAUCACCAUGGGCAUCGGGAAUUCCUGCUGGGUGUCAUUGCGGAUGGUGUGAAGUGUGAGGAGGAUUUUGACGUGUUGGACCUGAGUGGGGCACUUGAGACACUAAUGGUGUUCUUUAGUUGCCCAUUUGCCACAAUUGACACCAAUUUGCGCAUCCUCGGUGUGAUUAAUACCAUCGCACGCAUCCCCAAAUGCGCAGCGAUGCUGAUGGAUAAGUACGCCAUUGUAGCGUGGCUUUGUGGGAUCAUUGGUAACCUCGAGACUUUCUACUACGACACAAUCGAUGCGAUUGUCCACAUUAUUGUGAAUUUGUGUUAUUCCAUGGACUUUCUUGGCGAUCGCACUGAUGAUUGUACGGGUGAUCGCGUCAAAAUAUGCCAUAUGGCACUGAAGAUGGUGAAAUUUCUCUCAGCACGUAUGCCCAUGGCGGUGCUGGGCAAGUUCAUUGGUGUCCUCAAUAGAACCUCCCAUGGGCAGUAUCAUCUAAUGCCGGAAGGUGAUUUAGAUCACAUGAUUGAAUGCGCAAAGCCCAUGAUUGCGGAAGAGAUCGCAGCAAUUGAGCGAAUUCGGGAGAAUGGUGCAGCAUACGCAGAAAGUGGUGGACAAUACGCAGGGAGAUUGGUGGGCAUCGAUGCAGAGCACAGAGUGGGUCUAAUUAAUCUUCGCGAGUACGUGAUCAAUUGGACAAGUAAUCGUGCGAUCGCAUAUUGAGGGAUUGAGUGCAAAAGUGUAGCACUGUGUACAUAGUUUUAAACGUGCCAGGGAGAGACGAUGUUUACCUUUCCGGUUUUAAUUUAACUCUUUUUAAUUCGUUUCUCUCCCCUAAUCGAGCAUUACAAUGAACUCGCUGUUAAACAAAUUAAUACACUGCACAAGAUUGCACGGAGACGAAAAAGGGGGUUUAGGGAGCAUAGAAGAGACAAUGAUGAAAAGUGGUGGAAGAACAAAAAAGACCAACAGUGAUCGUGGCAAAUGAAUGUGUGGAAGAGGAAAGGAAUGAUCGCAGAGGAAAUGGGCGUGAAGAGGAUUACCAACACCAUACACACAGCCAGACCGUCGAAGGCAUCAUCGCAGCAGCAGUUGGCAAUGAGCAACAGUACGAAGCGGGAGGUGCUGCGUGGUCUCUUGGAUGAAGCGUGAGUGUGUUUGGGUGGUUGUGUGGUGAAGUGAUCGCGGGAUAUCAGCAACAUUCCAUCAGCAAAUAAGUAAAAUGGCGUCGCAACAACUGGCGUGAUAUUUCUUUAAUGAAAAAUCCCAAUACAAAUUGACAUUGAUCGUGAAUUUUAGUUGUGUUCCAUUGGAAUGACCAAAUAGGUGCAUUUUAGAAGGGGCAAAAGAACUCCAUGGGAUCGCGAUGCUUCUAAUAGAAGUGGACUCUCUGUCUCUCUCAUUGGGGGUUUUGUGUGUUGAAUAAAACAUGCGAGUUGUGUGUCUUCUAUAAAUGAAAUAUGACUCCAUGUACACGAUCGACAAAUACGAUCACAUCCUCUUCACAAAAGUGAUCGCGCGGGACGUGAUUGGAAGAGAGCAAGGUACACAAUUUUCGUAGAAAAAUACCAGCGUGAUCACUAUUUAAUUGAAAAUAUUGUUAUUUCAUCUGUUAGUUAUAAAAGACGGGGGAGAGUUGGCGAAUCGUUUGAUCUCUGUACGAUCAUUUGGUAGAGAAAGACAUAAGAGAGUUUGUUGUGGUGAUCGUACGGUCGGCGACCUCGCUCUUUGGAUAGAAUAUUCAUGUGGAGUGAUCGUUUUUGGGAUUAGGAAGUAAAUAAAACUAAAAGAAAGAAAAAAGUGAUGAAAGUGAACUCUCGAGUGAUCUUUUCGUUUUGUGUUUGAUGGAUAAAAUUCUCUUCUGCACAAGAUUCUUAUUUCAACUUGAAAAAAAAGGGACAAAAUAGUCGCAGAAAGACAAGGUGAGCAACGAUCGCGAUCUUCAAGAGUGAUCGUGCGAGGUGUGAAGUUGUAUGGAAAUUUUUCAAUACACAUGAAAAGAGUUGAGCGCAAAAAGUGAGUGAUCGUGAUCGUUUUGUGGAGUUGGGCUUAUAAGAAAGGAAAAUAAGAAAGAAGAUAAAAAAAAACCUUCUGUGAGGAUUAAUUUAUACAUCGAAAAA